AUGUCCGCCACGCAGCGCAAGUCAAAUGAGACCAAAGUUCCUAAGAUCGUGGAGCCAGGCUCGGGACUAACUGCUGGAUCAUUCGCUGCUAGCUAUCCGCUUCGUCCUGCCGCCAGCCGUCAGAGAACGUACCCGCAACAACAAGAAGAGGAACAAGACGAAGAGCACGCCACUCUUUAUCGAUACACAAACCAUGAUCUCUCCCAGCAGCAUCUUAGCACUCUGUCUGUUCGCGAGAAGCUCCGAAAGGGCAUCGCCAUGGGCUUUGCCAACAACCUAGCACAUACGAAUGCUACACAAGAUGUGCUUCAACAAGGCUCGCAAGGAAGCCCAGGACCGCAGCCCAUGGAUACCAUGACGAUCAGUGGAAUGAUGACGAAAAUGGAUAUUCAUUAUCAUAUGAUGCCUGACCUUUCUCGUCUUCACUCCGAAGGAGUCGACAAUCGACAGGUAGCGGAGAUGGUCAACCAUGAGCUGAUCAACAACGCGCCUGGAGCCACUGGGCGAGGCGAAUUUCUUAAGAAGAGGUCUCAGCAUAUCAAGGCCCGGGAGGUUCCGGUACGAGUAGCUAGUGAGCGUCUCCAUGUCAUUACUGGAUCUACCAACAACAAUCGUUAUGCACCCUUCCCUAUUAUUGAUCUUUAUCCUGAGCGCCUCAUGCGUGUUGAGCCCCUUCCAAACAAAAAUGACUCGUCUCUAAUUGUUCCUCUCAAUUCGGAAGGGUUGAUGGCGUGGCUUGAAUGGGCAUGCCGCCGCUUCGGGUACUGGAAACUUGAGCUUGACUCACUUCAUUUCAAGCAUGACAUGGUAAGGAACAAGAUGCUAAAACGAAGUGUGAGCCUCGGUACACACAGUCCAGUAUCAGCCGAGAUCGCAGACAGUCUGGAUGCCCUCAAGCUAGAUGCUCGAAAAGGCAGCAUCACUUUAUAUGAGGCAAACGUUACAUGCGGAAGCCCCCUGCAACAACAGAGAUGGAGGUGGUUUAAAAUUGUCAAGCCGCUUCUUGAUAUCAAAGGCCCUGUGCCAGAGAAGUAUCGCACGGGCGAUGCCACCAUGGUGUUUGCCAUUCCCACGUCUAAGAUCAAGAAGAUCAAGGAAGAAUGGGACCCGCCCUUGGCCGUUCCUCAAGCCAAAAGCAAAGGGCCGUCCCAGCAGGAUGCCUCUGUACAGCUUGGAGACUUCGGACGACUUAAUUUGGAAUCUUACACCCAAGAAGCGACACGCCAAUUGACGCUCGAAUGGAGAUACAGUGAGAAGGGGAUUCCGACUUUUGCAGUGACGCCCCAUCCAUGGUUCAUGAAGAAGUUCCCUCCAGACUUUCUCUGGAUAGAGAAUGCUUCCAUCUACUCUACCGACGAAUCCUGGUGGGAUCGGCUUGGUGAGAAAGCCAUCAGCGAUCGGGAUCUCUGGCACUAUGUUCAAGCGCUCAUGUCAGGAGACAUUUGUCUCGUUGAGGCCAAGUCCAAGAAAGGAGGUAAAUGGAUCAAAGUCGCACCUCAAGUACCAAAGGGUAAUACUGGGCGAACUUCGAUGUCCAAUCCGGGUGUCGGGAACUAUCAAUCCAAGACGGCCUUAGCAGCAUCUGGGUUGCGCAAUGAGAUCCAGCGAAAUUGA